AUGAGAGCAUAUUUAAGUGACAAUGACGAUAAUAAUUCCUCACAAAAACUUCUAAAACUUGGAGACGGAAAAUUACCGUCUCCGGUUGCAAUCAGUCUCCAGGUAUUGUUGGAUAACGAAUUGGGUCAAAUCGUUCAGAGUCUAGAAAUUCUUGUGGACACAAUAUAUCCGGACAUACAAAAUCUUACGGAGAGAAAUUUCAAUUGGCUCUGUUCGAGAGCGAUAGUCUCCCCGCGAAAUGAAUCGGUUAAUGAGGUUAACAAAAUUAUUAUGGAAAAAGUACCCGGUGAAUUUAAAUCUUACAAAUCUAUUGACACAGUAUGCAACAUCGAAGAUACAGUGCACUAUCCGCAAGAAUUUUUAAAUUCUCUGAAUCCUUCCGGCUUGCCGUCCCACGAACUACAAUUAAAG